UGCAGACUGUCGAAGAAGCGGCUGAACCAUCACCUGGUGACAGAGUGGGUUUUAGGCAUUCUUCAACUAAAUAGCACCUUUAUUUGAUCCUGCUGUUGUUGUUGUGUUCUGCACAGUUGAAAGAAAAUCAGAAAAAACCUCUGAUCUGCAAAACCCCUUUUCAGGAGGACAUGUUUUGCACAUCCUGAACCCCAGGCUGAUGCCAUCUCUGAUAAUGCCUGUGGAUGUGGCCGUGAGGAUCUGCUUGGCACACUCCCCGCCCCUUCGCAGCUUCCUGGGUCCGUAUGAGGACUAUAACUCCAGAAACCUGAUUAACCAAUACAAACCCCUGAGGCCCUGCAUCAGCUCGAAGGCCAAGGUGGAGGCUGCAAGCCGAGGAUGGAAGACUUCAAAAAGCAAAGGCAAGAAGAGGGUGGUGUUUGCGGACUCCAAGGGCAUGUCCCUGACGGUGAUCCAUGUUUUCAAGGAGUUUGAAGAGGACCCACUUUCAGACUUGCAGUUCCAGUUGUCUGACUUGGAAGAUGCCAUUGUGGGCAUGAAGGUGAGGAAGCAGAAGCGUUUGGUUUUGGACUUCCCUCAGCCCGCGGCAGAUUACCUGGACUUCCGGAACCGUCUCAAGAAGAACCAAGUCUGUUUGGAGAACUGUGUGAUCCAGGACAGGUCUCUUACAGGCACAGUGAAGGUGAGCAACAUAAGUUUUGAGAAGUCGGUUCAUGUCCGGAUAACAUUCGAUUCAUGGAAAGGCUACAUGGAUGUUCCUUGUGCCUACAUGAAUAAUGUUUAUGGCUGCACGGAGACUGACACCUUCUCCUUUGCUGUUGAGCUUCCAAGUUCAGCAUCCCAAGAAAAUCAUGUGGAGUUCUGCAUAUCCUACAAAACACAUGACCAGAUGUAUUGGGAUAACAAUGACGGAAAGAACUACAGGGUGGUACAUGAUGGUGAGGGUGAGCACACUAGCCAUGGCACUCAGAAAACGGCAUCUGAAGUCAAGAGUCCUGCCAAAAAGUCAGACAUGGAGUUUGAUCAGUUUGGAAGCCCAAGGACAUCCAGUGGCUUCUUUCCAGAGUGGCAGAGCUGGGGGCAUAUUGAGAACAGCACCCCCUACUGGUGAAGCCAUGUGGUGCUGUGCACCUCCUGACAAAGGAAGUACUAUGGGUAACAUCAUGGGUAAGAACACUGAAAAUGGAGUUCCUAACUUUUCCAUCUUUGUGGUCAUGGAUAUAUAUUUAUAUAAGAAGACUGUGCUGAUAAAUAAAUGGAAAAUCAAAGAAAUAUUCCCAAAUUUUACACAGAAUCCAACAAAUCCUGAAUUGGCUGUAUGUUGUUCAAAAUGAAACUACCAAUUUGAUGACUGGUAUUUUGGUGCAUUGCUUUAAUCAGUUUGAGUUCAUUAAUCAUUUUAAUACAGUAAAAUCGCUGUUACUGUUGAUUUAGGUAGGUGCUCAAGGUGAGUUAAUGCUAAUGUAUAAUUUCUUUUUCCUAAUUUUGAUGUGCACUAAGGUAUCUUCUAGAUUUAAGAUGUUCUAAGCCAGUAGUUGUCAUGACGUAGGUUACCUUCCUUUGUGAUUCAUUGUCAGUCAAUUUCAUGGUAUGAUGACUUAAACACUUGAAAUAUUCAAAGGUAACUUACACCUGCUAAAAUAACACUCCCCUCCUGCCCCCUGAAUAUUUUCUGUAUUUUAAUGGUUAUUUUGUAAACCUGAUCAGUGUACAACAAUGAAAGAGAUUAACCCUCAAAACUACAAAAGCUUGCAGUUAACAAGGGGCAUCUCUGUCCAGAUUUUGCAGUGUGACUGUUUUUAAGGAGGUUUUGCCAUGAGUACGGAAGAGUUUGCACAGUGUAGGAUGCCUUUAAACCGAAGAAUGUGAAAGUGGAAUAACUUGGUACAACAUGAAAUUGCUUCAUAUUGAAGCUGGUAUAUCUUGUGGUACCACUCUCCAGCAAAAGCAAUAAUCAAAACCGAAUCAUUAAAUCCUAUGUAAGAUUCUGCAGGCCACAGCACGUCACUGUUCUGUUUCAUGCACGUUUUCAUACAUCUGUUUUGUUUUUAAGAUUCAUUGUACAUGCACUUUUUUUUUUUUUUUUUUUUUUGCCAUGCCUCUUGGGCGUUUGCUGCUGUGGUUUUGUUCAUGCUGGCGUUUCUCCCGUGUUUUGCACACCUGUGAUAUAAAGGCCUGCUGGCCACCCGGGAACUGGACAAGGAAGUUGAAUGUAACUUGAUGCGUGCUGGUAAGUGUGGUAAUCCAGGUUUAAAACCGUGGAUUUGGCAGGGUGUUGAAUGGGAUUAAUUGCGACCCUUGUCCUGCUUGUAUUCCUCCCCGUUCUCCUGUGAGGGGUAGGCUGUAGUCAGCCUUGGACAUGAAUGAUUUUAUUUGGAUGGAAGUGUUACCUGCUGUUUAUUUGAAAGGUGGCACAAGUAUGUUGAAUGUAUAGAGGCUGCACAAACUGUUGUAUGCCUGGUUGUUCCUACUGCGAGGAAGGGUGAUUGAAAAGAUUUAUUCACUGUAUUGUGUUCCUUUUAAAAAUAAAACCUAAUUUCUACUGUAAA